UUGCAAGUGGGGUCUCGCGGGAUCAAAUGCAGAGGUUUCAUUUUUCAGGUCAUCAACUCACCACAGCCUGUCAUAGUCGAUUUCCACGCAGACUGGUGCGGUCCAUGCAGGACGCUGGGUCCUAGACUUGAGGAAAAGGUGUUCGGACGAAAUGGUGCUAUAUUGAUGGCGAAGAUCAAUGUCGACCAGGCUGGUGAACUUGCGAUGGACUAUGGUAUAACUGCAGUACCCACUGUGAUGUCAUUCAAGAAUGGAGAACGCGUAGGGAUGUUCACUGGAGUUAUAGAUGACGAGCAAAUUGACAAUUUUAUUGAUGAUGCUAUAAACCAGUAG